AUGGCGGCAGAAAACGGAGCAGUCGAGCUGGAAGUCCCGAGCCCAGCAACAGAUAAGUCAUCUAAAGGUGCCGCAGGUGAAGGACCCCUGGCUGCAGAGAAAGAUCUUGGCCCCCCAGACCCAAAGAAAGAAACUGAGUCCUCAAACAAGAAGAAAGAACCUGACUCAGCCCCCCUGAAGAAAGAUGCCAGAGGUCCUGGCCCAGAGAAAGGAGACAGUGCCCUGGCCCAGCCCUCAACCAGCAGCCAGGAUCCAGAGGGAGCAGGGGGCCUGGGCGGGGGUCCUGCGGAGGGCAGUGCCGGGCAGCCGGCAGCCCUGCCCCAGCAGACGGCCACUGCUGAGGCCAGCGUCAAGAGGCCGCCAGCCGAGCAGGGCCCCUCAGGCAGCCAGGAUCCCAGAGAGCCCAAGGUGCACAGGAUGGAGGCCAAGGGCCAAGAAGCAGCCAGGAGGGGCUCACCUGCCUUUCUGCACAGUCCCAGCUGUCCUGCCAUCAUCUCCAGCUCUGAGAAGUCGGUGAUUGAAAAACUCCCAAAUGAAGCAUCUGAGCUCGUCUUUGAAGGGGUGCCUGUGGUCCCCAGCCCCAUGCAUCCCGAGCUGGCCAAAACAGCAGAAGGAGGGAAGACUACCCUGGCAGGAAGCCCGAAGGAAGCAGGAGAGAAGGCCCCGAGCCAGGCUGGCCAGCCCAAGGUGCAAGGGGACACCUCGACGGGGAUGGAGAGGCCGGAGCUGGGGCGGGCCCUCUGUCCCCCAGCCCGGGAGGAGGACUGCUUCCAGAUUCUGGAUGAUUGCCCACCACCCCCGGCCCCCUUCCCCCACCGCAUCGUGGAGCUGAGGACGGGCAAUGUCAAUAGUGAAUUCAGCAUGAACUCCAAGGAGGCGUUGGGCGGCGGCAAGUUUGGAGCAGUGUGUACCUGCACAGAGAAAGCCACGGGCCUCAAGUUGGCAGCCAAGGUCAUCAAGAAACAGACCCCCAAAGACAAGGAAAUGGUGCUGCUUGAGAUCGAGGUUAUGAACCAGCUGAACCACCGCAACCUCAUCCAGCUGUACGCGGCCAUAGAGACAGCGCGCGACAUGAUCCUGUUCAUGGAGUACAUCGAGGGCGGCGAGCUCUUCGAGAGGAUUGUGGAUGAGGACUAUCACCUGACCGAGGUGGACACCAUGGUGUUUGUCAGGCAGAUCUGCGACGGGAUCCUCUUCAUGCACAAGAUGGGGGUUCUGCACCUGGACCUCAAGCCAGAGAACAUCCUGUGCGUCAACACCACGGGCCAUUUGGUGAAGAUCAUUGACUUCGGUCUGGCACGGAGGUAUAACCCCAAUGAGAAACUGAAGGUGAAUUUUGGGACCCCGGAGUUCCUGUCACCUGAGGUGGUGAAUUACGACCAAAUCUCCGAUAAGACAGACAUGUGGAGUAUGGGGGUCAUCACCUAUAUGCUACUGAGUGGCCUCUCCCCCUUCCUGGGAGAUGAUGACACUGAGACCCUAAACAAUGUUCUAUCUUCCAACUGGUACUUUGAUGAGGAGACCUUUGAGGCUGUUUCAGACGAGGCCAAAGACUUUGUCUCCAACCUCAUCGUCAAGGACCAGGGGGCCCGGAUGAGUGCUGCCCAGUGCCUCGCCCACCCCUGGCUCAACAACCUGGCAGAGAAAGCCAAGCGCUGUAACCGACGCCUCAAGUCCCAGAUCUUGCUUAAAAAAUACCUCAUGAAGAGGCGCUGGAAGAAAAACUUCAUCGCUGUCAGCGCUGCGAAUCGCUUCAAGAAGAUCAGCAGCUCGGGGGCACUGAUGGCUCUGGGGGUCUGAGCCCCCAGGAGCGACUGAGGCCUGGAUGCAGCCACAGAGG